GAACUGCGCUGCUCUCCACGAGCGGAGGCAAUCUGAUCCACAUUUUUACAUUUUUGACAGAUUUAAAGUGAGAAAAGUCAAGCUUCGGCACCUGGAGGAAACAGUAAAGUUACACGUUUUGUUUUUUUCUUGACAUCUUUGGGAGGAAGGAGUGGUGAUCGUCAUGAGCUCUGCAAGUAUUUCUGGCGCAGCACAGAUGGAUGAACACCAAGAGCCUUUGAGGAUCAUGCUUCUUGGGAAGUGUGGAGCAGGGAAGAGCUCCAGUGGGAAUACGCUCCUCAACAAGCAGGUGUUCACAGCAGACAUGACGCUGGCCAGAGUCACUCCCUACUGUGAGAAGGAGGAGGGCUUGGUGGAAGACACGCCCAUCGCCGUCAUAGACACCCCGGGCUUUUUUGAGACGGAUAGCAACAAGAAGGAAAUUGUGCGAGAAAUCCUGAAGUGUGUGAAACUCCUGGAACCCGGGCCUCACGUCUUUGUGUUCGUUGUUAAAUUGGGAAGAAUGACUCAAGAAGACCAAGCCACCAUGAGCCUGAUCGAAGCCAAGUUUGGUCCGAGAGUGUGGGACUACACCAUCGUGUUGUUCACUCACGGGGACUGCUUGGGAGGGAAGUCGAUCAAUGACGCCAUCACGAAAAGCGAUGACAACCUCCGCAACUUCAUCCGCAAGUGCAGCGGCGGCUUCCACGUCUUCAACAACAAGAACCCCGAAGACCAGACGCAGGUGACAACCUUCAUGGAGAAGAUCCAGACCCUGAUCGCCCUGAACGGAGGCGCUCACUACGAGACAGCGCUGUAUCCCAAAGAGGAGCAAGAGAUCAGGGAGAAGCAGGACAGCAUCCUGGCAGAGAAAAAUGAGGAAAUAACCAGAAAGGAGGAGAAUCUGAAGGAGCAUUACAAGGACGAGGAGCUGAAGGUGGAAAUCAGGAAACUGUGGAGAAGAGAGGAAGAGCUUUCAAGAAGAACUGCAGAGAACCAGAUGAGCAAGAGGUUGAAUUUCACUAGACUUCUGAGAGUCCUGCUCGUCCUGAUGUUGGUGGCUCUGCUGAUCGGCUGGGCCCUUCAGGCACCAGUUCCGGUGCUGCUGCCAAUAACUCUCAUUUGGAUUUUGAUGGCAGUGAAAGUGUUUCCAUCCACUAAAGGAAAAAUUCAACAGCAUUUGAAAAGACAGUGGAGCACACCUGAGCCUUUGAGGAUCAUGCUUCUUGGGAAGUGUGGAGCAGGGAAGAGCUCCAGUGGGAAUACGCUCCUCAACAAGCAGGUGUUCACAGCAGACAUGACGCUGGCCAGAGUCACUCCCUACUGUGAGAAGGAGGAGGGCUGGGUGGAAGACACGCCCAUCGCCGUCAUAGACACCCCGGGCUUUUUUGAGACGGAUAGCAACAUGAAGGAAACUGUGCGUGAAAUCCUGAAGUGUGUGAAACUCCUGGAACCCGGGCCUCACGUCUUUGUGUUCGUUGUUAAAUUGGGAAGAAUGACUCAAGAAGACCAAGCCACCAUGAGCCUGAUCGAAGCCAAGUUUGGUCCGAGAGUGUGGGACUACACCAUCGUGUUGUUCACUCACGGGGACUGCUUGGGAGGGAAGUCGAUCAAUGAAGCCAUCACGAAAAGCGAUGAGAACCUCCGCAGCUUCAUCCGCAAGUGCAGCGGCGGCUUCCACGUCUUCAACAACAAGAACCCCGAAGACCAGGCGCAGGUGACAACCUUCAUGGAGAAGAUCCAGACCCUGAUCGCCCUGAACGGAGGCGCUCACUACGAGACAGCGCUGUAUCCCAAAGAGGAGCAAGAGAUCAGGGAGAAGCAGGACAGCAUCCUGGCAGAGAAAAAUGAGGAAAUAACCAGAAAGGAGAAGAAUCUAAAGGACCUUCACAAGGACGAGGAGCUGAAGGUGGAAAUCAGGAAACUGUGGAGAAGAGAGGAAGAGCUUUCAAGAAGAAUUGCAGAGAACAAGAUGAGUAUGAGGUCGAAUUUCACUAGACUUCUGAAAGUCCUGCUCUUCAUGGCGUUGGUGGCUCUGCUUGUCUGGGCCCUUGAGGCGCCAGAGCCGCAGCCCAGCCAAUCAGAUUUUGAUCGUUUCCACCAGCGUGUCCAUCCGCUAAAGGAACAAUACAGCAACGUUUAUGAAAGACGAUGAUUGUUUUAAGAUCAAUGUUAAUCAUGCAGUACUCUUCAAGUCAUGAAUAUAAUGAAUUGAGAUUAGAAAAACCUUCUGAAUCUUCAUAAUUUAAUCUGAACGCAAAA